GCGGGAGCCGGUCAGAGGGGGCGGCCCCUGGCGGCGACGCCCCCGAGCCCAGCCCUGCCUGGCCGCGCUCCAUCCUCAGCCCAAGCCCGGGCGGCCCGCGAACGCGCCCGCGGGGGCUGAGCAGGGCUGCGUGGGGGCGGGAGGUGAGCCCGCGCUCCCCGGUGCUCCGCGUCCGCUCCGGACCCGCACCUGAGCCGGGACCCGCCUCCGCUCCAGACCACGCUGGACCCGCCUCCCGGCCGGGGUCCCACCCUCCACUUGCAGGUGGGCUGCGGCGCCCGGCCUUCGGGCCGUGGGCGGCGGGGAAGGAGGUGAGCGGUGUCCGCGCCCGCAGCCGUUCGGGUGCUGGUGGCCGCGCCGUCCUCCCUUUCCCGCAGCCGGGAAGCCCGCCCCGCCGCCGCCGCCGCCGCCGCCGCCUGCUCCCUCUGGGACACCAUGGAGCUGUCUCCGUCGUCCGGAGGAGCCGCGGAGGCGCUGUCGUGGCCGGAGAUGUUCUCGGGGCUGGAGUCCGACUCGCCGCUGCCCCCGGAGGAUCUGGACGCGGUCGUCCCAGUCAGCGGAGCAGUGGCCGGUGGCAUGCUGGAUCGGAUCCUUCUGGAAUCAGUGUGCCAGCAGCAGAGCUGGGUCCGGGUGUUCGAUGUAAAAGGCCCACCAACCCACCGUCUGUCUUGUGGUCAGUCACCCUAUACUGAGACGACAUCAUGGGAGAGGAAGUACUGCAUCCUCACAGACAGCCAGUUGGUGUUGCUCAACAAGGAGAAGGAGAUGCCAGUGGAAGGACAGGACCAACAGACAGAUUCCACCAAAGGGCGAUGUCUGAGGAGAACUGUCAGUGUUCCUUCAGAGGGUCAGUUUCCGGAGUACCCACAAGAGGGCACCACUAAACUAGAGGUGCCAGCAGAAAGGUCCCCCCGCAGACGGAGCAUCUCAGGGACCAGCACAUCAGAGAAACCCAACUCCAUGGACACUGCGAAUACCUCUCCUUUUAAAGUACCAGGAUUCUUCAGCAAGCGCCUGAAAGGUUCCAUCAAGAGGACCAAAAGCCAGUCGAAGCUUGACAGAAACACAAGCUUUCGACUUCCAUCCCUUCGCAAUGCAGAUGACAGGUCUCGAGGUCUGCCUAAACUGAAAGAGUCGCGUUCCCAUGAGUCCCUGCUGAGCCCAUGCAGUGCAGUGGAGUGUCUGGAUCUAGGUAGAGGAGAGCCAGUCUCAGUGAAACCACUGCACAGUAGCAUCCUCGGACAGGACUUCUGCUUCGAGGUCACCUACUUAAGUGGAAGUAAAUGCUUUAGCUGUAACUCCGCCUCAGAGAGAGAUAAGUGGAUGGAAAACCUUCGAAGGACAGUUCAGCCAAAUAAGGACAAUUGUAGACGAGCUGAAAAUGUUCUCCGUUUAUGGAUCAUUGAAGCCAAGGACCUUGCCCCUAAAAAAAAAUAUUUCUGCGAACUGUGCCUUGAUGAUACCCUCUUUGCUCGUACAACCAGCAAGACCAAAGCAGACAAUAUUUUUUGGGGUGAACAUUUUGAAUUCUAUAGCCUUCCACCUCUUCAUAGCAUCACGGUUCAUAUUUAUAAGGAUGUGGAAAAAAAGAAAAAAAAGGACAAGAAUAAUUAUGUAGGGCUAGUCAAUAUCCCCACUGCCAGUGUGACUGGUCGCCAGUUUGUAGAAAAGUGGUACCCAGUGAGUACACCCACACCCAACAAAGGAAAGACAGGAGGACCUUCUAUUCGGAUUAAGUCACGUUUCCAAACUAUCACCAUCCUGCCUAUGGAGCAAUACAAAGAGUUUGCAGAAUUCAUCACCAGCAACUACACCAUGCUGUGUUCUGUUCUUGAGCCAGUAAUUAGUGUGAGGAAUAAAGAGGAGUUGGCUUGUGCCUUAGUACACAUUCUUCAAAGUACUGGCAGAGCCAAGGAUUUUCUGACUGACUUGGUGAUGUCAGAGGUAGAUCGUUGUGGAGAGCACGAUGUCUUGAUCUUCAGAGAAAACACCAUUGCCACUAAAUCCAUUGAGGAAUACCUCAAGUUGGUGGGACAACAGUACCUUCAUGACGCACUCGGGGAGUUCAUCAAAGCCUUGUAUGAAUCAGAUGAGAACUGUGAGGUGGAUCCCAGCAAGUGUUCAUCUAGUGAACUGAUGGACCAUCAGAGCAACCUGAAAAUGUGCUGUGAGCUGGCUUUCUGCAAGAUCAUCAACUCAUACUGUGUCUUCCCGCGUGAGUUGAAAGAAGUGUUUGCAUCAUGGAAGCAGCAGUGCCUGAACCGAGGCAAGCAAGACAUCAGUGAGCGGCUCAUCAGUGCCUCAUUGUUUCUCCGUUUUCUUUGCCCAGCCAUUAUGUCUCCCAGUCUUUUCAACCUGAUGCAGGAGUAUCCUGAUGACCGCACAUCUCGGACACUAACUCUUAUUGCCAAGGUCAUUCAGAACCUGGCCAACUUUGCCAAGUUUGGUAACAAAGAGGAGUACAUGGCGUUCAUGAAUGACUUUUUAGAACACGAAUGGGGUGGAAUGAAGCGGUUCCUUUUGGAGAUCUCUAAUCCUGACACCAUCUCAAACACCCCAGGCUUCGAUGGCUACAUUGAUCUGGGCAGAGAGCUGUCAGUUUUGCAUUCCUUACUAUGGGAAGUAGUUUCCCAACUUGAUAAGGGUGAAAAUUCCUUCCUACAGGCAACUGUGGCAAAACUGGGACCUCUCCCUCGUGUUCUUGCUGACAUUACCAAGUCUCUGACUAAUCCUACGCCAAUACAGCAGCAGCUAAGACGUUUCGCUGAACACAGCUCCAGUCCAAACGUCAGCGGAAGCCUCUCCUCUGGGCUACAGAAAAUAUUUGAAGACCCCACUGACAGUGAUUUGCAUAAACUAAAGUCUCCAAGCCAGGAUAACACAGACAGCUAUUUCAGAGGAAAGACGUUAUUGUUGGUUCAGCAAGCCUCCUCCCAGAGCAUGACGUACUCUGAAAAGGAUGAAAAGGAAAACAGCCUUCCUAAUGGUCGGAGCAUCUCCCUCAUGGACCUCCAGGACACUCAUGCUGCUCAGGUGGAGCAUGCAUCUGUCAUGCUUGAUGUGCCUAUGCGCCUUGCAGGAAGCCAGCUUUCUAUAACCCAGGUAGCUAGCAUCAAACAGCUUCGGGAAACCCAGAGCACUCCCCAGAGUGCACCUCAAGUGAGAAGACCCCUGCACCCAGCCUUGAACCAGCCAGGAAGUCUCCAGCCCUUGUCAUUCCAGAAUCCUGUCUACCACCUCAACAACCCAGUUCCAGCAAUGCCAAAGGCCUCUGCAGAUUCCAGUUUGGAGAACCUAAGCACUGCCAGUUCUAGAAGCCAAAGCAAUAGUGAAGACUUCAAACUCAGUGGACCCAGCAAUAGCAGCAUGGAAGAUUUCACCAAAAGAAGCUCCCACAGUGAAGACUUCUCCAGGCGGCACACUGUACCAGACAGACACAUACCUCUUGCUCUACCACGACAAAAUAGUACGGGGCAGUCCCAAAUCCGAAAACUGGACCAUUCUGGGUUAGGUGCCCGAGCCAAAGCACCCCCAUCUCUGCCACACAGUGCUUCCUUGCGUAGCACAGGGAGCAUGUCAGUGGCGUCUGCAGCCCUAAUGGCUGAACCUGUGCAGAACGGGAGUCGGUCGAGGCAGCAGUCCUCUUCCUCCAGAGAGAGCCCUGUUCCCAAAGUGAGAGCAAUCCAGAGACAACAGACACAGCAGGUUCAGUCACCUGUGGACUCUGCUACAAUGUCCCCAGUAGAAAGGACAGCAGCCUGGGUUCUGAACAAUGGACAGUAUGAAGAGGAUGUGGAAGAAACUGAACAAAAUCAAGAUGAAGCCAAGCAUGCUGAAAAGUAUGAACAAGAAAUUAGCAAGCUCAAGGAGCGCCUACGAGUGUCCAGCCGGCGGUUGGAGGAGUAUGAGCGCCGGCUGCUGGUGCAGGAGCAGCAGAUGCAGAAGCUGCUGCUGGAGUACAAGGCCCGGCUGGAGGAUAGUGAGGAGCGGCUGCGCAGACAGCAGGAGGAGAAGGACAGCCAGAUGAAAAGCAUCAUUAGCAGGCUAAUGGCUGUGGAAGAAGAAUUAAAGAAGGAUCAUGCUGAGAUGCAAGCAGUUAUUGAUGCAAAGCAGAAAAUAAUUGAUGCACAGGUCAUAAAUGGAAAUGAGAUUAUUCAAACAGGAAAAGCGGAUCGUGUCCCUGGAUUCAGCCAACACGAGACUGAUGAGUGCGCUGACACAAGUGAAGGAGCGGUACAGCAUGCAGGUUCGCAAUGGCAUCUCUCCCACCAACCCCACCAAGCUUUCCAUCACGGAGAAUGGUGAAUUCAAAAAUAGCAGCUGCUGAUGGCCUUGGUGACACAGACUGUGGGAGGAGGCAGAAGGAAGUUGCCCAGCUCUCCUAUCCCAGCCCUUUAACCCUCCAGGUUUACAGAAUGUUGUUUCGAAUGGCAGUGUGGUGAGAAACUCCUAAAUGAAGAAAGGAACCUUGUCUUUCAGGGCUUAAAGCAAAGACUUCAAGUUUGAUGCUUUUCCCGAGUGUCUCUAUGUACAUAGGGAACUUAGUUCUGGGCCAUGUACAGAAAUACCACUGUAAUAUACCAAAAGGAAGUUAAUAAUGUAGAUUACCUUUUUAAUUAUUACUAUUUUAUUAUUGUUUUUCUCUUAUUGAAAGCACUGCAGUUGUUAGUGGAGGAAAAGUAGGAGCCAAGUGUGAGUGAGAAAUAAGCCUAUUGGUUCAGUAGGUAGAGUUUAUGUAUUGGAUAGGAGCACAUGGAGUGCGAUAGGACCUUGUCAGAAUGGAUUUUUUUCAGGGAUUCAUCUGCCAGUUUAAAAGCCCCACCAUAGUCCUUACCAUUAGGAAAACAUGCAAAUACCGAGAUAUAUACAAAACAGUAAUUUAUGCCACUGAUCAACCAAGAUGCUUCUAUCAGACUGUAACCUGCUUUGGAGAGCCGCCGUUUCAGAAGACACAGAUAAAAGUGGUUGACUGUACCAAAACUAAACUAGGAAUGAUUUCUCUUGAACUCCUGUCAAUAUUUAUUUCCUCCAUCUAUAAUGGACAGUUAGAUGUGGGAUUUUUUUGAUUUUACUCCAACUUUUUUUAAAGUGCUCUUUAAAGCUGACAGAAUUGUAAGUACCGUGUCUCUAUCUACUGUCUUCAUGUUCACUUGUCCACUGCCCUUUUCUCCCAGACUGGGAGCGGUCAGCACCAACAGAACUCACUCUCCCCUGGAGAGUGGCCACUCAAGUAGACCACUCAUAAGCCAUCUGACUAAAUACCCUUUUUCCACACAGAAAAGGGCUAACUAUACAGCAGAGCAGGAAUCUCUGAAUAUCCCACUAAACGUUUUCUUCCUAUUUGUCAGGUGUAUUUUUCCUUAGGAUAAAGGUUUUAUCCACUAUAUUAGCAAAUCUGUGGGCAGGGUAAUUCUGUCACCACUUAACAUUUGAAUUGCUUCCUCUUUCUAUUUAUCCUCUCCAUAAAAUUUUGGAAGCUAUCUAAAACUAAGACAUACCCCUUAAAAAUGAUGAUUAAUCUUGCUAGAGAAAACCAAAAGGAAAGGAUGACACAUUCUGGUUGUCAUUCCACACUCAUGGUAGACUCAGCAAGACUGACCCAGAUUAUCAUUAAUGACUUUAAUAUAGGACAGAAAAUCCGUGGUUUUCUCCAGAGUGUGACAUGUCAUCUGGAAAUCUGGAAUGCAGACUUGAUUACCAGAGAUAUGGAAAGUUAGCUGCAGGUUAAGCAAAUAUUAUAUAUAUAUAUAUAUAUAUAUAUAUAUAUAUAUAAAUAUAUAUACAUAUAUUCACACUUGUACAUACAAUGUGCACAUCAAAAAUGGUCAUAUCUUCUGUGCUGUCAGAUAUACAGAGAUAAAUGUUUAAAAGGGUCUUGAAUCUCUUUAAGCAAAAUCUACACAGUUUUACAAGGGAAAAAAACAUUUCUCAUAAGUUAAAGUUUCAUUUUGUUUUUUAAGUUAUAAACUUCAAGAAUUUUUUCUAAGUAAAGGAUAAGGGGGGAGACAUAACAGAGCCAUAUGCAUGGAGUAUGUGUUUCUACAUAACAGAAAACUUAGGAGGAAACAAGAGAACAUGUGUAGUUCCCUCCUAUGUGAAGCCCAGGUGUAGAUACCAAGGCCUCCUUUCCCCCAAGUCCCAGGGGUGCAUUCCAAGUCUCACUUGCUCCUCAGUUGACCUUUGGGUCUGACCUUGUACUUCAGCCACCUCACCAGAGCCCUCAGCCUACAACCUAUGAGAGGGUUUCUUCAUAACUCUGGAAAGCAGGAGAACACCACUAUGCUUAGAACUUCAGGCUCCACGCCCACUUGAGCCUUCUCCUGACCCUCAGCAGUUCUUUUACAUCUUAUCUCUUCCCUCCAAGCUAAGAAAGAAGGUUAUUGAUUCUUCAGUAAUGCCCUGUAUUGGCGGGGGCUGGGGGGGGGGGUAAACAUAGAUCUUUUCAUGUUUGUAACCUAGCAGUGUUUCCUUCAUUCUUCAAAAUCCUUCAGUACUACCACACAAAACCUAGUCAAAUAUCAUCAGUGUUGGUGGCCAGAAGUAUAUAAUGUGGAUAAUGUCUUGCUUUGAGGUAGGGAAGGUCUUCAAGUGCAGGUUAUAGAUUACAGAGAGCUGGCCAUAUUGAUGAAUGCAGUUUAACUAUUAACAUUUUGGGACCUUCUUAAAGAGCCUGUCUGUAUUACAAGAUUGAAUGUCCAAAGCAUAUUUCAAGGUUCUGUAAUGUUACCAUGAAUGAAGGAAAAAAGUAAAAAAUAAGUCUUAAGAGAGUUAGGGGUCGAAAGUUCAGCAUUGUUGCCUGAUAUUAAAUCUUAGAUUAUCCUUUGAACCUACUCAUAUUUUUAGCUUAUCAGAAAUAUUCUGAACUGGGGUAUAGCUCAGUUGGCAGAGUGCCAGCCUAGCAUUCCAGAGGUCCUAGCUUCAAACACCAGCAUGGUAUGAAUUGGGGUGGUGGUACACAGACCUGCAGUCCCAGCACUUUAGGGAUAGGAGCAGGAGGAUUAGGAGCUCCGGGUCACCCUCUGCCUUAGAAGUUUCCUGGCCAACCUAAGCUACUUGAGACCCUGUCUCAAAACUGAUAACAGAAUGUUUUUUGAGUAUUUCUUUAGAGAAUGUUACAAUCCUAUAAAGUUUAUUUUGGAAUUUUUUUGAGUAUAGGAGAGGACAGCAGUGGGUGUUUUCUUUACCCUAAAUAAGUUUCUUUAUCCUGAACAAAAAUCGUUUUGCUUUGCUAGGAGGAAAUGUUUUUAUAAAGCUGACGGGUCCUAGGAUCCCUGUUUGUCUACAGAUCAUCACAGUAGUAAGGGAUGAGACUAGAGCAGGCUUAGGUGGGUGUGGAUUUGGCAUGCACGCUUUUAUCCAGGUGAGGUGGACUUGGCCAUUCAUUACCAAGGACAGUUUCAUAGGACUAGGAAAGGGGCUUCUUGUACACACACACACACACACACACACACACACACACACACACACACACGUCACUUGAAGCAGAUUUCAGAAGAGCAAAAAGUCACAUUCCCAUGAGAGUAGCAUUACUUCAGUGUUCCCUGUGUACUGCUUGGGUCUGGGACAGUCUUUCUCGGAAUGGAAAGUGAGGCCAUUAUGUUACUGUAGCUCUUCUUAAUACUGUGUGUUCUCACAGCCUCCUCCUUUCCUCUGCUAUGGAGUUGGACAGUAAAAACAUGAGCGUUUCUCAGACGAAGUGCACAUGUGUGCACUGGGGCUGAGCAUGACUUCAUAAGCAGUCUGUACCAGUGGCUUUUAUAUGGGUUGGUGGCUCUCCAGAGCCCUGGCUCCCGCUGUGUCCGUAUGCACAGCCAAUUGGGAGCAGGUUUUAUUUGAAGUUCCAGAGAACAGUGCCAUCAAGUGGGCUUGCAUUAGUGUUUGCUCUGCUUCUGUCCAAAUUUAGUUCUGGUUCCUCAGUAAUACCCUAGUCUCCUCAUUCAGUAGACUGACAGAGCUGCAGGCUGGACCGUAGACUAGCCAUGUUACUGGCCAAUUCAGCAACUCUCCAGCCCAUCUCAAGGCUUUACUUAUUCUCAGCAACGUUGGGGACUGUCUUCUGAAGACAGAUCAAGCAAGUUCAAAGGACAUUCUGCUCUAUAGCCCUUGACUUUUCUAGUCAGUAACUUGAACUUUCCUGCUUACCUCAGCAGUAAAAGUCACCUUCCUACCCCAUACCUGGCAUACCUUUUUAAAUUAUUAUUAUUAUUAAUUUAAAGGACUUUUUUCUUUCUUUCUUUCUUUCUUUCUUUCUUUCUUUUUUUUUUUUUUUUUGGUUUUUUUUGUUUUUGGUUUUGGUUUUUUUUUUUGGUUUUUUGAGACAGGAUUUCUCUGUGUAGCCCUGGCUGUUCUAGAACUAUUCUGUAGACCAGGCUGACCUCGAACUCAAGUGUUCCACCUGCCUUUGCCUCCAGAGUCCUGGGAUUAAAGGUGUGUGCUGCCACUGCCUGACCAUACAAGUUUCUUAAAGCAAGUGAUGUUUAAGCCCAUUUUAUGUCUGAAUAAUUGUUAUCAGUUCUUCUAGAACAUUCUCCCGUCACUGACCCAUCUAGGAAAGCACUUGAACUUUGAAAGGACAAGGGUGGUGAGAUUUGCAUGAGAGAGAAUAAAUUUCUUUCAGAAAGAUCCUGAGGAAGACACAUAAUCCAAUGACUUGUUGCUCAGAAGUUCAAGGAAACAAGUGGAGUGGCGUCCCCUGGCUCCUCCUAGGAUGAAUGUGUGUGUGUGUGUGUGUGUGUGUGUGUGUGUGUGUGUGUGUGUGUGUGUGUGUGUAAAGGCAGCUCCUGAGACAACAUGUAACAUGCCUACAGAAAUACCACUCUUAGGACACUCCUUUAAAAAAAAUGUUAAUCUACUUUGUAAACCAGUAACUCCCAGACUUUCUUGAGACUUUGUUUUUGUUUUGUUGGUUUUUAGAUUUUAAAACAUUCUAUUCUCUUUGAAAUGUACUAUAUGUGUUAUAUGUAUAUAUAAGUUAUAGUGACUUGAACUCUGUUUGGCAUAGGUUGAGAACUAUUGUUGGUAGCAUAGAGUGUAUAAAGCAGCUGCUGACUGUCACCAUCUGAGAGCAGGAUACAGAAAGGAGUUUGGUUCCUCGCAGUGAAUGCCCAGGCAGCCUCAGUGAGUACAGCAAACCACCCAAGGAGAGGAGAAGAGAAACUGACCCGCUGUUCCAGCACUCAGUUUUAAUUUUGUACUCUUUCAUUUUUUUAUCAAAUGACCUCAUUAUUCCCUAAAAAGUCUUGGAACUGAAAAACAGACUGAACUGUUGGUGCAGUGGCAUUUCCACAGCUGUGCUUUAGGGGGUUCUAUCCUCUGUGUGUGGUGCAAGUAUUUAAAAUAAAUAGCAUGGAUAUGUCAUUUCCAAACCCUCAAGGGAAAAUUAUCAAUUUCCACAUAACCAACAGAUUAAGUGCUCGUUAACUCAGUGCCCACCAUCCUGCAGAAGAGCUACAGUCAGCAGUAAAGGGUGGGGUUGGCUGGUGCUGGUACUUCCAGUUGUAUAGACCAACUCCAGCAACAGCAGCAUUACUUACUGGGUCACACCUGGGAGGAACUCAGCUUCCAAAUUUGGUUUUUGCUUUUCAUCUCCAGGGCCUUAAUAAGAGUGUGUUAAUACACAUGACUAUUUUACAGAUAAUUCAAAAUAAUUUAUUUUUUAUUUGAAGAAAGCGAAAUCCACCUUAAAAAAAAAAACAAAACCCAAGAUUUUAUUUUAUUUUUAAAGCCAUAUUUUUGUGCUUUGUAGCACUUAGAUUGUUCCAUAUGUGAUCCAUAUCUGCAUUUCAUUACCUGGGUUCUAAAAAAGAUUUAUUUUUGUUCUGUGAAUAAUUUUUGAUGGUUCUUGUACAUGUACAGAUAUAGAUACGUUUGAGGUCUUUUAUUGAUAUUCCUACAAAAAAUACAAAUAAACUUUAACUUUAAACAUUUCCGACUAAGAGUUGCUACUGUCUCUUACAGACAUCUGGGUGUUUAGGCACUUAGAACACUGCACUAUUGUUCUGAAGAUGUAUUUUACGUUGGGAGCAUCAGGCCUCAGCCUUGAUAACUGGCACUGUGCUGUGCUGUGCUGUGCUGUGCUGUGGUAAUGCCCUAGAAAGCAAGCUUCCUACAGCUUGCCUAAGCCACUGUGCUCCUCUCCUUCCUAACCCCCACAGGAUUUCUCUUGUUUGGUUCAGGGAGUGUUGUCUUGUCUUCAUUCUCUAGCUGCGCUGUCUUCAGCUUACCCAUCUCGUUGUAUACAAUCAAGGGUGCAGGUCUCAGAUGUCCUUUUCUUUUAUGCUACACAUAGGUCUAUGCGCCCUAGAAUAUUUCAAGUUAUUUCUAAUCUUGUGCUUCUUAGGAAUUUAAAACAAAAAACAAACCAAAUCAAAAACCCUAAAGACAGCUUGAAAGACUACUUAAGGAAGAAAGUAAAGGCGAGUGGGCGUUUGCUAUUUUUUGUUCACUUCGAAGCUAAUCCAUUUCAAUGUGAAUUCCUCAUGACCUAAGACAAGCUUUAAGACUUCUUGGAUCUGAAAUAAGAGAGAAGUAGGAUUGGGGAUACAGUUCAGUGAGAUCCAGUCCCUAACCUAGCACCACAGAAAGAGAAAGAGAGACUGCCAGUGCUACUUCAUGGCCCUCUGGUUCACUGAGCUCUAAGUCACUAAUACAUACACCUUUUAUGUACAUUUAAACCAUUUAUUCUUAGCCUUCCUUCACCU